CUGUGACGCCGCCGUCCGCCUCCGGCCCAUCCCGCCCUCACUCUCCUGGACACCGGGCGGAGAGGAGCGGGUUACAGGGACGAGGGCAGCAGCCCGAACAGGGGUACUGCGGGCACCACACCAGCCGGGAGCCGGCCCACAGGGCGGCGGUCACAGCACCACGCAUACUCUCGCCGCGUCCGCAGCCGCUGGGCCGCACGCGCCCACCUGGCCUGGAGCCCACAUCCCACCCCUCCCGGCCCGCCGGGCUAAUGGGCCGCGCCCCGCCUCCUGGGAGGUGGUGGAGGCGGGGGUUGGGGACUGGGCGGCAGCGCCCGCCUUCCGCUUAUUCCUAUUGGCUCAGGCCUUUCGAGGUCUCGAAGACCGGAGUGCAGCUGGAUUGGCUGUAGAGGCUCGUGACAGGGGAACCCAUUGGUUGUGGAGACCGCCGUGACGCGAGGUGGUGACUGGCUCCUGUGUCUGAGGGGCUCCUGCUUGUCAGGUUCUAGCUCAUGUUUUCUGGCUAGAUUUAUGGUCAUUCCCGUGGGACUUCCCUGCACGUUUUCUCAAGGGUCUUCCUCAUGCCUAAUGUGUAAUCCUUCAACAUGGACCUGCUACUUUAGCUAAGAUAUGGCCUGCAAUGAAUAGUAGUAAGAUAUGUGCUGAUUAGAAGGCUCGCUUGUGCAGUGUGGAGGAUAAGACAGUGCCUUACAAAAAUGGGGUUUGGGAGUGACCUGAAGAAUUCACAUGAAGCUGUGUUAAAAUUGCAAGAUUGGGAAUUACGUUUACUGGAAACAGUGAAGAAAUUUAUGGCCCUGAGAAUAAAAAGUGAUAAAGAAUAUGCAUCUACUUUACAGAACCUUUGUAAUCAAGUCGAUAAGGAAAGUACUAUCCAAAUGAAUUAUGCCAGCAAUGUAUCCAAGUCUUGGCUACUUAUGAUUCAGCAGACUGAACAACUUAGUAGGAUAAUGAAGACACAUGCAGAGGACCUAAAUUCUGGACCCUUACACCGGCUCACCAUGAUGAUCAAAGACAAGCAGCAGGUGAAGAAAAGUUUUAUAGGUGUUCAUCAGCAGAUAGAGGCAGAGAUGAUCAAGGUUACAAAGACAGAACUAGAGAAAUUAAAAUCCAGCUAUAGACAAUUAAUAAAAGAAAUGAAUUCUGCCAAAGAGAAAUAUAAGGAAGCUUUAGCUAAAGGGAAAGAAACUGAAAAAGCUAAGGAACGUUAUGACAAAGCCACAAUGAAACUUCAUAUGUUGCAUAAUCAGUAUGUAUUGGCAUUGAAAGGGGCACAGCUUCACCAGAAUCAGUAUUAUGACACUACACUUCCUCUGCUUCUGGAUUCCUUACAAAGGAUGCAAGAAGAAAUGAUAAAAGCACUAAAAGGUAUAUUUGAUGAAUAUAGCCAGAUAACCAGUCUUGUUACAGAAGAAAUAGUGAAUGUCCAUAAAGAGAUUCAAAUGUCAGUUGAACAGAUAGACCCUAGCACAGAAUAUAAUAAUUUCAUAGAUGUUCAUAGAACAACAGCUGCUAAAGAGCAAGAAAUUGAAUUUGAUACUUCCUUACUAGAAGAAAAUGAAAAUCUUCAGGCAAAUGAGAUUAUUUGGAAUAAUUUAACAGCAGAAAGUUUGCAAGUAAUGUUGAAAACUUUAGCAGAGGAACUUAUGCAGACACAGCAGAUGCUGUUAAACAAGGAAGAGGUUGCCCUGGAACUAGAGAAGAGUAUUGAAGAAUCUUCUAAGACAUAUGAAAAGAAGUCUGAUGUUGUGCUUUUGUUAAGCCAAAAACAGACACUUGAAGAGCUGAAACAGUCAGUGCAGCAGCUGAGAUGCACUGAGGCAAAGUUUACAGCACAAAAAGAAAUACUAGAGCAGAAAGUACAAGAAAAUGAUGGGAAAGAGCCACCUCCUGUAGUCAAUUAUGAAGAAGAUGCAAGAUCAGUUACUUCUAUGGAAAGAAAGGAAAGGCUGUCCAAAUUUGAAUCUAUUCGUCAUUCAAUUGCUGGAAUAAUUAGGUCUCCAAAAUCUGCACUGGGUUCUUCAACAUACUAUGAUACAGUCCCCAUAAGUGAGAAGCCCCUGGCAGAACAGGACUGGUACCAUGGUGCAAUUCCCAGAAUAGAAGCGCAAGAUCUGUUAAAACAACAAGGAGACUUCUUGGUGCGAGAGAGUCAUGGGAAACCUGGUGAAUAUGUCCUUUCUGUAUAUUCUGAUGGACAGAGGAGACACUUUAUCAUACAAUUUGUUGAUAAUAUGUACCGAUUUGAAGGCACUGGGUUUUCAAACAUCCCUCAACUUAUAGAUCAUCACUACACAACAAAACAGGUCAUCACUAAGAAAUCAGGUGUAGUUCUGCUGAAUCCUAUUCCUAAGGAUAAGAAAUGGAUUCUCAAUCAUGAAGAUGUCACAUUGGGAGAAUUACUGGGCAAGGGAAAUUUUGGUGAAGUAUAUAAAGGCAUAUUAAAGGAUAAAACUGCUGUUGCUGUUAAAACAUGUAAAGAAGAUCUUCCUCAAGAGCUGAAAAUAAAAUUUUUACAAGAAGCCAAGAUUCUCAAGCAAUAUGAUCAUCCCAAUAUUGUCAAACUUAUAGGAGUUUGCACACAAAGACAGCCUAUAUACAUCAUUAUGGAACUGAUUCCAGGAGGUGAUUUCCUCUCCUUCCUGAGAAAGAAGAAGGAUGACAUAAAACUCAAACAAUUAGUGAAAUUUUCAUUAGAUGCUGCUUCUGGUAUGUCAUAUCUCGAGAGUAAAAAUUGUAUACACAGGGAUCUUGCUGCAAGAAACUGCCUGGUAGGUGAAAAUAACAUUCUAAAAAUCAGUGACUUUGGAAUGUCUCGUCAAGAGGAUGGUGGAGUGUAUUCAUCUUCUGGCUUAAAACAGAUUCCCAUUAAAUGGACAGCACCAGAAGCUCUUAAUUAUGGGAGAUACAGUUCUGAGAGUGACGUGUGGAGCUUCGGCAUCCUCCUCUGGGAGACCUUCAGCCUAGGUGUCUGCCCCUACCCCGGCAUGACCAAUCAGCAAGCCCGGGAGCAGGUGGAGAGAGGUUACCGAAUGUCAGCCCCUCAGCACUGCCCAGAGGACAUUUUUAAAAUUAUGAUGAAAUGUUGGGAUUAUAAACCUGAAAACCGCCCCAAGUUCAGUGAACUUCAGAAAGAACUCACUGUCAUCAAGAGGAAAGUCACAUAGCGACUCGACAGCACAAACUCAGCCUUCAGGACGGGUCCUCCGGCAGACUAAUACCGUUCUUCCAAUUAAUAAUGAGUUCAUACCACAUUACCUGCAACAGUCUUCUAAGGUUAUUAUUUUUUUAUUAACUGUUUUUUUAAAAUAUGUGCCACUUAAAAAAAAAAGUCAAAACCAAGCAUAUUCAAGAACCAGUGCUACCAAGGGCUUCAUCAGCUCACCGCAGCAACCCUGCCAUUUCAGGCCAUUGUAAAUAGAAAAGCACAGGCUCCAAAUGUGAGGGAGAGCAGAUCUGUCUUUUUCACAUCGGGACCAUUGAUGUUUCUCAAACGUUUUCUACUUCAGGCACAGUCCAUGGGCUGCUGUUCUCUGCCACAGACCCCACUCUAUCAGUGCUGUGAGACCCACUGAUAAUGCCAUGUUUGCAGGACACAUUCCAACCAAAGUUGGCUUUCUGCUCUGCUAAGGCAGUAUUAUAUCUAAACAUCAUUUUAUAUUGAGAAUUUUUUUGGAUCUCUUAGGGUUUUUCUUUUUUUCCUUGCCAGAAAUACACACAGUGUAAGAAUCAUCACACUCCUGUAUCAUUAGUGAGGCCAUCGUUCCCUUUCUUUGGGCAUCAGAAAGCAUGCAUGACACGUCCUCGAGGAGAAACUUAAGAGUUGAGACAGCAUCUUUUAAAGGAUGUGUUAGAGAUCUGUUAGAGAUCAGCAGUUAGUUUGAACAGGAGGGUGGUCUGAAGAAAGGAGCAGCCAUAUUACUGAUCAAAGAAGAGAAGAAAAGGGAAACAUAAAAUCUGCCCUCUUGCCAGAGUUACGCCUUUACACACACACACACACACACACACACACACACACACACAUACUUUUUAUUUUAUGGUCUAAAUUCACAAAAAUGGCUCUGAAGAAUGUUUUCAGGAGCUCACUGCUAUAGCCCUCAUAAUGGCAACAAAAAAACUUUUUAGAGAAACUACAGAGUGCAAGUCCACAGAAAUAAUACUAUGCCUUUGUUUAACUACCUUCACCUCAGAGGAGGCAUCCUAGAAUUCAAUUCCCUCCAUUUUGUACCAGUUUCUAGAGCUGUCAGAACUUCCUGAUCCUAGUUCACAAACAUGAGCACAUGUGGACACGCACACAGCCAAGAAGCAAGGUGGUAUGAAUGGAGUAAACGGUUAAGAAAUCAAACAAACAUUUUUGAGGAAAAAGAUAGAGGGACUGCCCUCCUAUUUCCCCUUCAUUUACUUUAUACUGCUACCUGAAAAUUGUUACCAGCUGACAGGUAUGCACACACAGUCUGGAGAUGCUUCAUAUGAAUAACAUGAACACAGAGUUAAAACUAGGAUUCUGUUGAGCUGACCCUUAGCUUAGGGGUAAAUGUGGCUUGGGAGUUUUCAAGUGUUCAGGCCUGUGUUCAGAUAAAUAACACCUUUGUGAUUAUUUGGUCUACAUUCAUUGGAAAAGCUUACGGGAUAGAAAAUUCCUCCUCCCCCUCACUAUUUGCUGCCUAGGGAUAUCAUUGCACAGAACUCACAAGCAGUACUUUAAAGAGUGUAAAGGAUGAUACUGAGGAGAAAAAUGUUUAUCAUUUCGAUCUCCCUGCAAGUCUUGCACACAUUUGAUGAUUACUGCAUCCAGACCAAAAUGAAAGCAUGAUAAACUUGCCCUCAAAAAUAUAUUGCAGCAUGCAAAGCAGCUUUUUAAAAAUUAGCAUUGUUUUCCCUUCUAUCAAAUAUGGUAAAUAAAUGGAACCUUCUUUUGAUGGCAUAUAUUAUGGUAAAUCAAAGCACAGACUCAUGAAUCUAGAGCAAGUGCUGUGGUUGUCAGGCACUUGCCAGCCUUUGAAAGUGGGAAUAACAUGGGGACAUUGGUGCCCUUUGUCAGUAUUUCCAAGUGACUCUCGCCAUAAUAUACUUUGCCUACAGAAAACAGCCUCCUAUCGCAUAGCAACCUUAAUGCUGAGCUCUCAGCAAGGGGAGAGAAUGAUGGUUUAGGCCUUAAUUUUGUGAACAAGACCUGAAGCUUAAUCUUUGCAUUCUGAUGUAAAAAUGAACAUGUCAUUGAUAUUUCAGUUAUCCAGGCUGUUAGAAUUUGCAAUUCAAUCAUAAUUCUGUGCUUAAGAAGCUUUUCAAAACACUAUGACAUCUGCAACAUUUAAAUUCCAUUUUAUUCUUCGUCCCAAAGUGGGCCAUGGUAUAGUUCAGGAUUAAUAACUCAUUGGGAGUCUUUCAGGAUCUUAUCAGUUGUAUAGAAUAUUAAAUUUGAUACAGGCGUAUGCAUUAGGAAAAACUUAGGCAAACCAGUUUUUACUGUUAAUUUUGUUGUGCAUAAAGCGUAAUCUAUUCAUUCCUUCUGUCACUGAUACUUAUUGGAAUUAUGUACUUUAGGAGACUAAUCCAUACCCAAAAAGCACACAUAUAAAUACUGUUCUGAAUUUGUAAGUUGAUGUGGGGAAAGAAGGCUUAAGAAAUGCACAAAAACAUAUGAAUUGUUUAAUAAGAAAACAAUUAUAACCAAAAUUGCUGCUGGUCUGCAUGUGUUUAAGCCAGGUCACAAAUCCUUGUGCUGUUGAUAGGUUUUCCAAGGGUUGCACUCAUCAUGCGUCUGCAGCUCUUGUCAUGAUUCCUUAAGUUUAUGACUAUGGAGAGGGGAGUCUGACGCUCACCUGCAUUUUUCUAUCUUGAAUCACCAAGGAGCCUUUAUGAGAAAUACUUAAGUAGAUCAUCAUUUUUCAAGGAAAGAAAUGUUUCAAUGUUGAAUUAACAUUUAUCACCAACAUUUGAAACUUAAUAAAUUUUGCAAUCCAUGUAAUUUAAGGUUACUUCCCAAAGCCAGCAUAUUUUUUCUCUUGCAGGAAAAUAAUAAUAAUGGAUUAACAGGUUUUGUUUAAACUUUUAAAACCAGAGGCAUUCUUUCAGUCCAUGCUGCCACUAGGUCCCCAGUGAAAGGUCUCAUGUAAUCAUUUCUCUUGUCUCCCAAAUAUAAUUUAGGCAAUAAAGUUCUUCAUCCAUAAUUCACAUUUUAUCACAAAUACAAUAUUAUCGAAACAUCUUGCAACACACAGGCCAGACCAUGAGUCUAACUGUAUUACCUAUUGUUCAGUGCACAUUCACAAUUGUUUUUCAUUUGAGGGUUGUUUUGAAAGGAAAGAAUAUUUAGUCACUGAAAUAGUUUAAAUUUCUCUUAAACCACACUGUGGUUUUCUUGUCUAUGUUCUUCUCAAUGUUUCAGUUUUGCCACAGUUUUAUACAAAGUUUAGUUAUUACCACUAGAGUAACUGUGGCUUCACAAUACUUACUGGUGUGAGAUUGUGACAAGAAGAAAAGUGUUUUAAUUAUAAUAUAUGCCACACAUUGAGGGCCUUGUAUUGGGAUAAACAUAAAAAUCAGAAUGCAAAAAUACCUGUCUAGAUCGUAUGCCAUUCAGUUACCUUCAUCACUCCACUUUAAAAUGCAUUCUUAUGAAUCAUCAGAUGUUCUAAAAGUGUACCUGAAAACCUCACCUAGUACACUUUGUAUACACAAUAUUGUGGCCAUGUGUCCUUUGAAGUGAGAUUAACUGAUGUGUCCUGAAAAGAGACUGUUUGUCUCAGCCCUCUUCUUUUUACACUACUCUCUUGAUCACGCCAUUGAUGUUUUAGACGUUCUUAUCAACAGAAUUGAUUGUCCAUAAGCACUGUUCUCAGUCAUGUAAAGACUGACUUUUGUAUUUAGAAGUCAGACAAAACAGAGAACAUUGCAAAAAAAAAGAACAAAGGGGCAGACAAUUGGAAAAGACACAUUUUCUUUAAGUAUUAAUAUGUUAAUUAAAUGGAAACAGAUUUUAUAUGAAAAUGAGUUUAUAUUACAUUUCCAUUAUACUAUUGAGUUAGCAUGAAAGUUUACCAUUAAAAUAAAGUGUUACCUUUUUUAUUACUAACUCUGAUUUGUUAUACAUACCAGAAUUUUUUUAUUAAACAUUUUAAUUUUAUUUUUCUCUCUAUUGAUUAGUUUCAUAUCAAGUCUGAAUUAUAUUACUUGGGGAAUCCAGGCACAUACUAAGAUUACCUACUUGAAGGAGAUAUUGGUACAGAGUCCCAUAAAUUUCUCCUUUAGAAAAUAAUGCUAUAAUAUAGAAGGUUUAUAAACUAUAUAUCUUAUUUAUUACCCCUUGAAAACCAUCCUAUUGUCUCAUACUGAUCCAAAGAUUAAAUUCUGAGUUGUUAAGUAUACACAUUGAGACUCACUUAGCUGCUAUUCUAACAAAGACUGAGAUUCUUGGGUGGUAGAAAGACCCUGCUGCACAAAAUUCCCAGUCAAUUUAAACCCCAGAGCAGUAGUGAGCAUAGGCUUCAGUCUGUUAAUGAGGAGCUGAGGCAAGCGUCCAAAAGGCAAGGAGAGGGAGAAUCGGUUACUCUAAGGCAGGACGGCACAGCCCUACAGUGUGGAAUCAUUAAACGGGAAGAAAGACAUGGGCAGCAUCUCCAGAGAGCCUGAGGAGGACAGUGCCACCAGGUCAGAUCCCUCCCUAUAGAAAAUGUAAAAGAUAGUGGAGCCAGAAGCAGAAGAGGUCACCCGCCAGUGCGUGGGCCGUAGUGUGUGCAAAUCAAAGGCCUCGCCCUUGCCUUUGGAGGGGUUUUCUAGCCCUAGCUCAGAGAUGCUCUACUGUGCCGGGCGACACAUACUCAAAUUGUCCCGCCAAUUAAUGGAUUGGUCAUGUGUUCAGACUUUUCAGUGAAACCACCUGGGGUCUCUUUACAUUCGCGGUCAUUAUAUUUAAUAUUUCUUAAACUAAGAUCACCGAUUCUUCAUACCAUAUUAGAAAUCUUUGCAGUGGAACUGAACCUGGGCUAGGCUCCUAAAUGCCAGCACAGUUAAAUCAGCUCUCUUUCACCUGUUGACUAACACUAACUAACAGGCUCCUCAGUGACUCCAGGGACCUCACUGUGAUGAGCUCUACUCUGGGGAAACAUGGAGCUCAGCAGAGAAGUGGGAAAAUGCCCAUUUAAUAGGAAUAUUCUUGGUCUUUAUACGAGUUACAUUUGAGGGAAAAGAUUCUUAGAAACAUCCUAAAGCCAGUCAUAGUGCGGCAUGGCUCAGGUCAGACAAAGAGGCGGAGAAAGAAACGCGCCCAAAGAAAGAGGGAAGGACAGGAAGGGCAGUAACAGAGCACCGACCUGGCGGCUCAGAGGCUGAUCUUCCAACCAAUAAAUGCAGCGGCAGCCGGGGAAAGCUGAGCCUCCGAAGGGCUCUGGAGAGCUUCCUGUGGCAUGUUAUUAAACAUUACAUGCCUCUCAAGGCUCCACAACGUUUCUGAAAGGACACUGAAUUGGAUAUUGGUUUGAUUUUCUUUAUACCCCCUAUAAUCUCAGGAGGAAGCCACUGUUGGAUGAGAAGUCCCCUUGGUUUCCUGUAAGGCCGCAGACAUGACAGAGGUUCAGGUCACCCCCUAAGCUGGCCAGCUGAGUAGUGGCACGCGUUUGGGCUCAGCACUGGAGGAAAAUUGCUGUGAAAUCUUCUAUUUUGUAUGGUAUUAAAGAAAAGAUAUCUUGCAGGUGUCUGUGCUUGCAACAUGAAGACAGAUUUAGCUUUCCUCCUUGCCAGCAAACUUAUAAGAGACCCAAAACUGGAGUAUUUAGGACUCACUCUAAAAAAUUCAAAUCUUGAAUGUCUAAAUUAUCUUCCCAAACAUUACCAUCGAGUCCAUGCAAUGUUCUACAACAUAAUAAAAAUAUUCUAAGUGGUGGUAAUGACCCUGUAGCAGAAUUUUGUGGUACAUUUUCCCUCAGCCUUAUUCAUUCAGGAAUCCUUUCUUGAACAUCUGCCACGUCAGGUGCAGAGAACCACACUGGGUGCUAGUUUUUCUGUUUGUUUUUGAUUUUGUCUAUUUUAAAAUUCUGUUAUUUCCUUUUCUCAUAUUCACUUUCUUAACCCUCUACCAAAACAGAAAAGCCUUCAUCAUCAGCUCUUACCACAUAGCGUGAUAACUGACCUAGACCGAAGAGUUUCUCCGCAGGUGCUCAUGGGCCUGCCCUCCCGGGGCUCCCAGGUAUACAUUCCUCAGGCCAGCUGCACACCCACUGCAGGAGGGGCCCCGGGUAGAUGCUGCUUAGAACAUAAAGGCCUGGCUGUAGUCCCCGCAGUGCAGACAGAACCAUUAGGUGGCAGAUAUGUUUGGUGAGUGGCACUAUCAAUAGAGGCUCUUGGGAAAUCUUCCCAGGACAGAAAGACCAGGGAAGCAGCCUGCUGACUUGGCUGAGUAAGCUCAUUCGGUGGCCUACCUCCACAGAAAUGAUAAAACACUAACAAUGAUUACUCUACAUUAAACCCCAGACAUGUUUAGUUUUCCCAUUCCACUCUUCUAUGCCAAUACUUUUUGUUGUUUCCUUCACACUCCUUUUGUCAAUAAAUGUCUAAAAUUGUGCAA